GAUCAUUACCUGCCUUCCCUUACGCUGACAUGGCCCCUUUCCUCUCCCUCCCUCCGUAAAAUAUCAAUCAAUGAAAUCGACCUUCCUCCGUUUCCCCCGUCUGUCACUUGCAUCUGCGAAAUUAAUUAAUUGUAAUUUCUAAUUCGAUUGAAACGUUAGGGUUUUAUUCGAUUCCUAGAUUCUCCACACUCCUCUGUAUAGAGUUUCAGCUAUCUGUUUCUCUGAGAGAAAAUGCCGUCGGUGUACGGAGCUCGAUUGACUACAUUUGAAGAUUCUGAGAAGGAGAGCGAGUAUGGAUACGUUCGCAAGGUAUCAGGGCCAGUUGUGGUUGCUGAUGGCAUGGCUGGUGCAGCUAUGUAUGAGCUGGUCCGUGUUGGGCAUGACAAUCUAAUUGGUGAAAUUAUUCGUUUGGAAGGACAUUCUGCCACAAUCCAAGUGUACGAGGAAACUGCUGGUCUGAUGGUGAACGACCCUGUUCUUCGGACACACAAGCCUCUAUCUGUGGAGCUUGGACCGGGAAUAUUGGGGAAUAUUUUUGAUGGAAUUCAGAGGCCUCUGAAAACCAUUGCAAGAAUAUCUGGUGAUGUCUAUAUUCCUCGUGGUGUCUCCGUUCCAGCACUUGACAAAGACACACUCUGGGAAUUUCAGCCUAAAAAAAUAGGUGAGGGAGAUCUUGUGACUGGUGGAGACUUGUAUGCUACUGUAUUUGAGAACACUCUAAUGCAGCAUCAUGUUGCGCUCCCUCCUGAUGCCAUGGGAAAAAUCACUUUCAUUGCACCUCCUGGUCAAUAUUCAUUGAAGGACACUGUGCUAGAGCUUGAGUUCCAGGGUGUCAAAAAGCAAUUUACCAUGCUUCAGACUUGGCCAGUACGUUCUCCAAGACCAGUUGCAUCAAAGCUUGCUGCUGAUACCCCUUUGCUUACUGGGCAGCGUGUCCUUGAUGCCCUUUUCCCCUCAGUCCUCGGUGGAACUUGUGCCAUACCUGGUGCAUUUGGUUGUGGGAAGACGGUCAUUAGUCAAGCUCUUUCCAAGUACUCCAACUCUGAUACUGUUGUGUAUGUGGGUUGUGGAGAAAGAGGAAAUGAAAUGGCAGAGGUGCUCAUGGAUUUUCCACAAUUGACCAUGACUUUGCCUGAUGGCCGUGAAGAAUCUGUCAUGAAGCGUACAACCCUGGUAGCGAACACCUCUAACAUGCCUGUCGCUGCUCGUGAGGCAUCAAUUUACACAGGAAUCACUAUAGCUGAAUACUUCAGAGAUAUGGGCUACAAUGUGAGCAUGAUGGCAGAUUCAACAUCCCGUUGGGCAGAGGCAUUGCGUGAAAUUUCUGGACGGCUGGCAGAAAUGCCUGCUGAUAGUGGAUACCCUGCUUAUCUGGCAGCACGUUUGGCCUCCUUUUAUGAACGUGCUGGUAAAGUAAAAUGCCUUGGUUCACCAGAGCGUACGGGUAGUGUCACAAUUGUUGGUGCAGUUUCCCCACCUGGAGGAGAUUUCUCAGAUCCUGUUACAUCUGCUACCCUCAGCAUUGUCCAGGUCUUCUGGGGUUUGGACAAGAAACUUGCACAAAGGAAACAUUUUCCUUCUGUAAACUGGCUUAUUUCCUACUCUAAGUACUCAGGGGCUUUGGAGUCAUUUUAUGAGCGAUUUGAUCCGGAUUUUAUCAACAUCAGGACAAAGGCACGGGAAGUGCUCCAAAGAGAAGAUGACUUGAAUGAAAUUGUCCAACUUGUUGGAAAGGACGCUUUAGCUGAAACAGAUAAGAUCACCCUGGAGACUGCGAAGCUUUUGAGGGAGGACUAUCUUGCUCAGAAUGCAUUUACUCCAUAUGACAAGUUCUGUCCUUUCUACAAGUCUGUUUGGAUGAUGCGCAACAUCAUUCAUUUCUGUAACUUGGCCAACCAGGCUGUUGAGAGAGGUGCUGGCAUGGAUGGUCAGAAGAUAUCAUACAGCCUUAUCAAACAUCGGUUGGGAGAUCUCUUCUAUCGUCUAGUGUCUCAAAAGUUUGAGGAUCCCGCAGAAGGGGAAGCAGUUCUCGUGGAAAAAUUCAGCAAGUUGCAUGAGGAUUUGACUGCUGGUUUCCGUGCCUUGGAGGACGAGACUCGAUGAUUUAGGUGCUCCAAAUUUUGGUUAUCCAAGGAGUAUUUGUGGCAGCAUGAGACCAACAGCACUUGAACUAUUGUAUUUGUUUGUCUGAAGAAUCAGUGUUGGUAAAUUGUGCUUGUAGCCUUUUGGGUUGUGAUAGCGACUGUGUAAUUUGUUUAUUCAAAUUGUAGUUGUUCCGGGCAGUGAAAAACUAAACUGUUCCUUGUGUAUUUAUGCAAUAAGGUUUGUAUUCAGGCAGUGUCAAAUUCCAUGGUUUAUCUUAUCACAAGUUAAAGAAGCUUAUCGUUCCGAUGAGGAACUGUUUUUUUU